AUGGUGGGGGAGAGCUUGAUCGCCCGCCCGAGGCGCUCUGGCCAUCAGAUUGCCGCUCCCAUCGCAAAGGCCUACCUUCUGGCAUACGCAUCCAUUGCUGGCCCGCGUCUGGUUGCCGUUGGAAUCGCCCUGUUCCGCCGCAGAGCGACUGCAAGCGCCUCUUUGGCCAAGGCGUGGCGGGCCCUGAAACAAACAGCAGCAUGGAAUCACUUCCCAGCAUUCUGCGCUGUCCUGAUCGGUGGCUCUAUCAACUUCCAGGUUCCGCUGCGGGUUGUCGCUCAAACCCUUUCCAAGUGGCUCCGCCGCCACCAUGUCAACGUCAAUUUAGCCUUCGUGGAGCUACUGGUCAAGUUCACCGCGGCUCUUAUUGCCGCCAGCAUCAGCUUCGAGAUCUUGAAUUCUAAACCUAGCCAACCCUUGGACUAUCGUCUCCCAACCGGAACAGCCUCCGCUCCUACCACGACGGCGGUAUCAAAUCAAUCGGAAAACUACACUACUCCCACGACUGAAGAUGCUCUCUCACGCGCCGCCGUGGCGAAAGUUGGCUCUCCAGUCCCUCCCCUGUCCCCGAAGGCGAUGGGCGCAUCGUCUGUGUGCAUUUCCUCCGAGCCCCUAGCUGGCCGAACUAUGGAUCUGACCCUUUUUGCGGCGACCCGCUCUCUUGACAUUAUCAUAGCCCCACUCCUUCUGAAGAGCAAGUCACGCACCGGCCGUCAUAUCGCCAAGUCUUCAACACCAUUGCUCUUUGCACUGUCGUCGGCCGUGAUAAUGCACGCGUGGUUCUACACUCCGUAUAGGUUGCCGCAGGCGUAUAACGAUUGGAUCUCUUCUGCCGCACAAGUGGAUCCUCGCCUCGUCACUGCCUUGCGCCAUGCACGUUAUGGCAAAUUCGUUUACGGAAGGGAAACCGGGAUAGAGCCUCUACUUGGUAGCAUGUGCCGCGAUUACGGAUGGCCAGAGGAGUGGGGCAAUCCGGCAAAGACAAUCCCCGUGCCGUGCGAGAUGGUGCACAUGGGCUGCGGACCGAGCUGUGAGAGGCACGCGUGGAGUCGCUUUGUCCGAGCUUGGUCUUUCGCUGCUCGCAUGUAUAUGCCUCUGCAACUGCUUGUCCUGAUCAGACGAGUGCGGAAAGGUGGCGGAUCCACAAGGUCCCUGGCCGAUGGCUUUGUGCGUGCCUUGCUGGAUGGAAGCAGAUCGUCCGCCUUCCUCGGCGCUUUCGUCUCCCUGUUCUAUUACGGGAUGUGGGAUGGCGGCUUAUGCGUCCUGGCUGGCUGUCUGCUCUGCGGCUGGAGCGUGCUUUUCGAGAAGGUACAGAGGCGGACGGAGAUUUUGUUCUUCGUGCUUCCGAGGGCGGCAGCGGUAUGGUUCCCGAGAAGAUACUUGAAGACGGUGAGUGCAUUCAAAGCCAUUGCCAUUGCCUUUGCCGAACCCUUUCCUCGCAACAGUUUGCUGUACAGUGCUGACAUCUUCAUGGCGCAGAAUCAAUGGCGAGAACAUGUGGCGUUUGCUCUCAGUGCUGCCGUCAUACUCACAGCUGCUCAGGAGCGCCCUGAACGGGUGAGGGGUGUGUUCGGAAAGCUUCUGGGCAGUGUGGUCAAUACCAAGGCAUAG